GCCAAGUUUGAAUUUUCGAGAAAUAAUCAUCCUUUCUAUUAUAUAGCCUACGUAAUUACUCCGAACCAUGUCUGACUGGGAGGAAGAGCCCUCUGCACCAACCGGCGGCCGCAGCAGCGGUGGAGGUGAUUGGGAGGACAAGCCCAAGGGCAAGCCGGAAAAGGAUGCAUCCGCUUGGAGUGAUGACGACGACCAAGGCAAGAGCGGGGGUGGCGCACGCAACGGUGGCGACGGCGACGGCGGGUAUCGCCGAGGCGGUGGUGAUCGCCGUGGCGGCGGAGACGAGGAUGGUGAAGGAAAUGGCUACCGCGGAGGUCGCCGCGAAGGAGGCGGAGGCGGCGGCUAUCGUGGACGUCGGGAUGACGACGACGGAGAAGAGUCUCGUGGUGGUCGCGGAGGAUUCCGUGGUGAACGCGGAGGAGAACGUGGUGAACGCGGAGGAGAACGUGGGGGCCGUGGAGAAGGCGGCAACUACGAGAGACGUCGCCGCAACGAUGACGAUGUUAACAACAACAACGAGUAUGGAGAUGAUGGCGAGAAGAAGCGCGAAUUUUACAUUCCGCCUGAGCCCACCAAUGACGAGAAUGAGAUUUUCAGUAGCGGCAUUACUUCCGGUAUAAAUUUCUCCAAAUACGACAACAUUCCCGUGAAGGUUAGCGGAGAGGAUGUGCCCAAGCCCAUCAAGAAGUUCGAGGAAGCCGGCCUCCGAACCAUAGUGACUGAAAAUGUCAUCAAGUCUGGCUACAAGGUGCCGACUCCAAUUCAGAAGGUCUCUAUUCCGGUUAUCAACGAGGGACGCGACCUGAUGGCCUGCGCCCAGACUGGGUCUGGCAAGACGGCUGCGUUUUUGCUGCCGAUAUUGAGCAAGUUGCUGGAGGAACCCCAGGACCUUGAGAUUGGAAAGCCCCAGGCUAUCGUGGUGUCGCCCACUCGCGAGCUGGCGAUCCAGAUCUUCAGUGAGGCCCGAAAAUUUGGAUUUGAGUCGUACCUCAAGAUCAGUAUCGUGUACGGAGGCACCUCGUUCAAGCAUCAGAACGAGUGCAUCACUAAGGGCUGCCAUGUGCUGAUCGCCACCCCCGGGCGUCUCUUGGAUUUCGUUGAUCGCACCUUUAUCACAUUUGAGGACGUGCGUUUCGUUGUUCUGGAUGAGGCCGAUCGCAUGCUGGACAUGGGUUUUUCGGAUAGUAUGCGUAAAAUCAUGACGCACAGCACCAUGCGAUCUGAGCAUCAGACCCUCAUGUUCUCGGCCACUUUCCCGGAGGAGAUCCAGCGCCUGGCCGGCGAAUUCCUCAACAACUAUGUGUUUGUCACCAUUGGCGUGGUAGGAGGUGCGUGCUCGGAUGUCACUCAGACCGUCUACGAAGUUAACAAGUUCAACAAGCGUUCCAAGCUAAUGGAAAUUCUACGAGAAGACGCCAACGGCACAAUUGUGUUCGUUGAAACCAAGCGUGGUGCCGACUUCUUAGCUUCCUUCUUGUCCGAAACCGAGUUCCCGACGACUUCAAUUCACGGCGAUCGUCUCCAGAGUCAGCGCGAGCAGGCCUUGCGCGACUUCAGGACUGGCAAGAUGAAGGUCUUGAUUGCUACCUCGGUGGCCGCUCGUGGCUUAGAUAUCAAAAAUGUAAAGCAUGUGGUUAACUUCGAUAUGCCCAACAACAUUGCCGACUACGUACACCGCAUUGGACGCACUGGCCGAGUGGGAAACAACGGCCGCGCCACCUCCUUCUUUGAUCCCGACCAAGACCGAUCCCUGGCAUCUGACUUGAUUGCCACGUUAGAGGGGUCGGGGCAAGAAGUUCCCGAGUUCCUCCGCCAGAUGGGAGGUGGCGGCGGUGGCGGUUACUUGGAGUCGAAGUUUGGUGGCCUGGACGUUCGUGGUGGUGGUGGCAAGAACUACUCGACUACUGCUAACGAGGACGAGCAGGACUGGGACUAAGGGGUUUAAGUUAAUACUUGAACUUAACCAUCGAAUUUUGACUAGGAUGACCUAGUGGUUUAAGUUAGAUAUCUUAAGGAGUAUAUAUAUAUUGAAUAUAUACAGCAGUUACUCAACCAUUACCAACAUAUUACCAUUUUUAAACACAUUGUACGAAGUUUAAAAAUAAUAGAAUAAACCGAGAGAUACUCACAAUGGCAUAAGUGCCUGAAAAAAA